AUGCGUGAAAUCGUUCAUAUUCAAGCUGGUCAAUGUGGUAAUCAAAUUGGUGCCAAAUUUUGGGAAGUUAUUUCGGAUGAACAUGGUAUCGACCCAACAGGCGCAUAUCAUGGAGAUUCUGAUCUUCAACUUGAACGAAUCAAUGUUUAU